AUCAGCACCACUGAUCUACCCACCACAACGUGUUUUGAUCUUCUUCUUCUUUUUUUUUCUUUUUAAAAAGGGAGACUGAGUGUGAAUGUGUACAGCCCACUGCUCAGGUAGUCAGCAUGUCAGCGUUGCCACUGUACCACCACGGGGCGAUCAGCAAGGCGCAGUGUGAACAGCUGCUCGGUGAGAAGGCCAAGGAUGGAGCCUACCUCGUCAGAGACAGUGAGACCAUCCUGGGAGCCAUGUGCCUCUGUGUCUAUAAACAGAAGACAGUAUAUACCUACAGACUGCUUCGCACCCAAACUGGACACAUCACCAUACAGGCAACGCCAGGUGUGAAGGACAAGAUUUUUAAGUCCUUGGAUGAUCUGGUCCGCCAUUUUAAGAGAAGGGGCCAGGGACUUGCCAUGCACCUACGUCACAGUGUCAAGAGGAAGACGACUUACAUCUGUCCCCAAAACAGUACCAUCGAGGAGCUUGACUAUGAAAGUCCAGAUUGUGAUCCUGAUUAUAUACUCGUCCUGCCAUCCUGAGACAACUUGCUUUCUCUGGACGUCUAACUAGGAU